AUGGGCACUGUAGGGAGACCGAGGAGGUCCUCCAUGAAGACUCAGCUGGUUAGUGCCAUCCAGCUAGAGGAAGUGGAGAUGGAGCAAGAGGUCAACAGCCCUUACCAAGAGGUCAACAACCCACACCAAGAGGUCAAAGAGCCGCAGACGUACAGUGUGGAGGAAGCGGUGGAGACCAUCGGCUUUGGUCGCUUCCAUGUUCUGUUGUUCAUCAUCAUGGGCAGUGCCAGCAUAGCGGAGGCCAUGGAGAUCAUGUUGCUGGCCGUGGUGUCUCCUGAGAUCCGCUGUGAAUGGCAUCUGGACGACUGGGAGGUGGCUCUGGUCUCCACGAUGGUGUUUGCAGGGUUCAUGGUGUGUGGAGUGCUGAGUGGAUACGUGGCCGAUAGAUAUGGACGCUGGAAAGUGGUGUUUGGGGGUUCUUUGUGGGCAGCGUAUUUCUCCCUGCUCACCUCCUUCUCUCCAUCCUACGGAUGGUUCAUCUUCCUUCGCCUAAUGGUGGGCUGUGGCGUGGCCGGGUGCUCCCAGGGGUUUGUCCUAAAGACCGAGUUUAUCCCUGCUAGCUACAGAUCCUACCUGCUACCUCUCGCCUCAAUCUUCUGGAUGGUAGGCUCCAUGCUCAUCAUCCUGCUGGGUAUGACUGUGGUUCCAACGCUGGGCUGGCGUUGGAUGAUCCGCCUGUCCGUCAUCCCCAGUGUCAUCCUCCUCCUUCUCUUUCAGCUUAUCCCGGAGUCGGCUCGCUACAACGUGUCAGCAGGGAAUGUGCAGGCUGCCGUGGAAACACUCCAGCGUAUCGCCAGGAUGAACAGGGCCUCCAUGCCACCAGGGAGGCUCGUGGAACCUGUGGUGAAAGACAGGGGCAGUUGGCGCCUCCUGGUCAGUCCAGCAUUCAGGAGGACCUCCCUACUACUGUGGUACUCAUGGUUUGUGGCGUCCUUCUCCUACUAUGGCUCUGUGUUGAGCAGCUCUGAGCUGCUGGAGAAGAACCUGCUGUGUGUGACGGACGCUGACGCAGAGCACCAGCAGAAACACAGCCACCCAGAGGACGGGCUGUGCUAUUGCAUCCCCUUCGGCUUUAGCGACUACCAGACCCUCCUCAUCAGCUGUCUAGGGGAGGUUGCCCUCAUCCCUCUGAAUAUAUUCCUGUUGAACGUGUUUGGGAGGAAGUGGAGCAUGGUUCUGCUGGAGCUCAUGGCAGCUCUGUUCUUCAUGCUGGUCAACAUCUGCUCUACUAUGUUUGGUUUUACCAUUUUGUUGUUCUUGAUCAGGUCUCUGGUCUCCAUGAAUUUCAAUGUGGUUUAUAUUUAUACUGCGGAGGUGUACCCGACUGCAGUGCGUUCUCUCGGGAUGGGUUUCUGCACUUCUUUUAGCCGCAUCGGAGGCAUGAUCGCCCCCUUCAUAGCACAGGUGUUGAUGUCACACUCAGUGAUUUUAGCUCUGCUGCCAUUUACUGUGACCUGUGUGCUUUGCGCUGUUGGAUCCUUUCUACUGCCUAUCGAGACAAAGGGACGAGCACUACUGCAAAGUUCCUGA